CCUCAAGUAAACAGAAAAAAAGAGGAAUACGUUCAUGUCCGCCGCCGUACGAGCGUCUACUGCGGGGAAGGAGCUGUGUAAGAGAAAGGAGGACAUUAACGCAGCGUAUCCCUUCUGAUUUUAGCAAAGUUAAGGGAUUUGGGGCCAGCUGACUCGAUGAAGGGAGAGGCGGAAGUGAAGUCACUUGACAGACCGUCCAUGUUAUUAUUGUUAUUUUGGUUAGCCCUGUGAUGAGACGGGCUGGGGAGCCGUUGGUCUCCGAGACAACGACCGUUAACGUUACCGCAGACCGGGCCGCCGAACCGACACCACCCUCACUACCUCCGCACUGACCCGGAGACAGGAGACGGCUGGGGGGGAGGGAGGGUGUGAGGACCCAGCUCCAGCUCCGCUCCCUACACUCCCCGACCGACCAAAAAUAAAACGGCGACAAAAACAAUAUUCGUCAAACGACUGGUUGUCUGCGGGUUGUAGCAGGGACGUGCCGCCGCAGACAUGAACGGUAUCACCAAGGGCCGGUUCGAGGUGUUCUCAAACAGCGAUGAAGCCCCCAUUAACAAGAAGCUCCCCAAAGAGCUUCUUCUUAGAAUAUUCUCCUAUCUAGAUGUGGUUACGCUGUGUAGGUGUGCCCAAGUAUCUAAGGCGUGGAAUGUCCUGGCCCUCGACGGCAGUAACUGGCAAAAGAUUGACUUGUUCAACUUUCAGACGGACAUUGAGGGUCGGGUGGUGGAGAACAUUUCAAAGCGUUGCGGAGGCUUCCUGAGGCAGCUGAGCCUCAGGGGCUGCCUGAGCGUUGGAGAUGCCUCCAUGAAGACAUUUGCGCAGAACUGCAGAAACAUCGAAGUAUUGAACCUGAACGGCUGCACCAAGAUCACAGACAGCACCUGUCUCAGCCUCAGCAAGUUCUGCUAUAAACUCAAACAGCUAGAUCUCACUUCCUGUGUUUCCAUCAGCAACCACUCCCUCAAGGCCCUCAGCGAUGGCUGCAGAAUGCUGGAGAUGUUGAACCUGUCCUGGUGUGACCAGAUCACACGUGACGGCAUUGAGGCUCUGGCUAGAGGCUGCAAUGGGUUACGAGCACUGUUCCUCAGAGGCUGCACACAGCUGGAAGACGGAGCAUUGAAACACCUUCAGAAAUACUGCCCAGAACUCACCACCAUCAACAUGCAGUCUUGCACGCAGAUAACGGAUGAAGGCCUGGUCAGUCUGUGCCGAGGUUGCCACAAGCUACAGAUCCUUUGUGUGUCUGGCUGCAGUAACAUCACUGAUGCCUCCCUCACUGCAAUGGGACUCAACUGUCCCCGACUCAAGAUCCUUGAAGCUGCACGAUGCUCGCAUGUUACGGAUGCUGGGUUCACUGUGCUGGCCAGGAACUGUCAUGAGCUUGAAAAAAUGGACCUAGAAGAAUGUAUUUUGGUGACAGAUAACACCCUGGUUCAGCUGUCUAUUCACUGCCCUCGCCUCCAAGCUCUGUCCCUGUCCCACUGUGAGCUGAUCACAGACGAUGGAAUCAGAGCUCUGAGCAGCAGUACCUGUGGCCAAGAGCGCCUCACUGUGGUGGAGCUGGACAACUGCCCCCUCAUCACUGAUGUGACUCUGGAGCACCUGAAGAGCUGCCAUCGUCUGGAGCGCAUCGAGCUCUACGACUGUCAGCAAGUCACCAGGGCUGGCAUCAAACGCAUCCGGGCCCACCUUCCAGAGAUCAAGGUCCACGCCUACUUUGCCCCAGUGACACCCCCUCCCUCUGUACACGGAGGUGGCCAGCGUCUGUGCCGCUGCUGCAUCAUCCUCUGACAGUGGAGGGCCAGAGGGGGCCACCUCUGUCUGCAGGUCCUGCUGCUCUGAUUCGAGCUGAAAUGGGAUGGGGGAAGGGGGAUGACUGGGGUAGGUGUAGGGGAGAGGAGGGGCUGGACCCACUCACUGCUCCUGAUCACUGAUCAAUACAUAGACUGAUCGCCCCUGAUCAGUUGAACCCGCCCCUCCUCUCUCCUUGUGCUCACCGAUAAGGAUUGCAGCCACCCAGGGUUUGGGCGUGAGGGGUUUGUGGAGAGAACAUGGAUGGAUGGACUCUCUCUUUCUCUGUCUUUAUCUCUCUUUCUAUCUCUCACUGUAAAGACAAAACAAGUUCUCCACUCCAUCCUGCUCCUCACACCCCUAAAAAGAUGACUGCAUCUGGAGAUGGUGUUGGACGGGGUCUGAAAAGUGGAACUACAAUGCAUCAUGUUCAAACUAAAAAUGAAAAAAAGACGAAAAUGUCAUCUCGGAAUACAGUUUGCUCUCUGCGGAGUAUCAUCUCAACAAUCACAUGACGCCUCUAUGUGACCAUCCUGUGAUUCAUUAUGCUUUGAAGAAAAACACGCAGCAUGGAGGGGGAGCAGCGCUGGGGUGUGGGAAAUGCAGAUUUUCUGGAUAUAAGAAGAUCGGCACAACUCUAUAGUGUGGAAGAGUUGAGAGAAAGCAGGAAGUACAUAAUGAGACAUGUGACAUUUGUGCAUCUGAUAAACUUUUGUUGAGAUUUAGAUUCUGUUUGUACAGAGAAUGUUUUGCAAUGGAAAAAAAAGUUACACUGUUAUGGCAAUUCACUAAAGAUUGGGGGAAAUGAGUUCCUUUUUUUAAAUGCUUAUUGUAAUUGUCCAUGCCUGUCUAUCCAGAGAGAAAGAUAUGUUUUGUUUUUGUUGUUUUUUUUUAAUGGAAAAGAAGCAACUGUUGCUGUUCAACAAAAAAGGACCUAUGAUUCACACUCUUAUGUUGACUGUGUAUGCCUCUGCGAUGUUUGGCCUCUCCUGUGUACUGCGUGGUUAUGUUGGCUCGUAGGCCCUGAUCCAAUCCUGUCAAUAGCCCUGUGAGCUAGCUCCUACUUGACCACUUAAGCAUUUGUUUACAACCUGGAUUAGGUUAGCACCACAGACAACAUGUUUACAUCGGUGGUUGUCCAAUCUCCCUACUAUUCAGAGAGAGUUUAGUACUUAUACAACUGGGGUUAACCCACUGUUGUUAAAUGGACUGUGAAGUCCAUGAGUCAAAUCACUAGGACAUCAAUCAGGGCUCACCUUGGUGCAAUUCUGUUUUAAAAUAAAGUGAAAUUCGCCUAAAACUGAGAUUAUAGUUUACAGAAUGUGAGAAAAGGCACUUUUUUUGACAAUCACAGGAAUGUGUGUAUUUGAAAGUUAAUUUAGUCUAAGUGUUGUGUAAUUGGCAAUUUACUGAUGAUAGUUAGGACAUAAUAAGUUGUCGCUUAGUAAAGAAGCACAUGAGAAAUGGGUCAUAAAUCGCACUUGGCUAAUCUAAUGCAUUAAAUUGAUAAGCAACACAUUUUGACUGGUCCAAUCCUACAAAACACUUGACAACAGUGAUGUGAUAUGCAGCUCCAGAACCAACAUGAACAGGUUAAGUGACUCUAAACAAGCACUCAUUCAGGACCUCAACAUUAUCUGUUUUGCCAUGCAGAAUAGGAAAUAUCAUGCCCCACAAAGCACUGGAAAUACAACAUAAAAGAAGAAGCUCGCAAUUUUGAGACUGACAAGUGCUGUGUGGGGCCAAGUACUCAAAAAUUGGGGAGAUUGGCAGGACAAUGGAUAGGAAUUAAGGAAGGAGAGCAGACACAAAGAUUGACGAAAGACUGGAUACAAAACUGACUUCACUGGCUGUGAUACUAAUGCCCUCUCUCUGACAGCUGUUUAACAGUUUUAUGUUUAAGAAAAUAAAGAAAUACAUUAAAAAAAAAUAAACAACUGAAUAAAUAAAAGUGACUAAGUAAAUGUGA